AUGUCAAAGUCAAAUAUAACUUCGUCUGAAUGCAAAAUUUGUGGAGAUUCUGCAAGUUUUUCGCAUUAUGGUGUCACGGCAUGUCAAUCAUGUAAAAUGUUUUUCAAACGAAAUGCUGAAAAUCGAAAGGAAACAUUGAAAUGUCAUUUUGAUGAUCAAUGUGAAGUGAAUAUUAAUAAUCGUCAUGUAUGUGCUGCAUGUAGAUUAGAAAAAUGUUUUAAAGUUGGAAUGUGUAUUGAAAUGAUUCGAUGUCCUCAAUCAAGGAACAAGAGAAAAAAUACUACAUCAUCAGCAUUAGUUCCAGUGAGAAGUCGACAAAAUGAACAAUCAAUAAAGCUACCAACAUUAAAUUUACUUGAUCAAGAUCGAUCAUUAUUAACUACUGAUCAAUGGAAUCUUCUAUCUAAUUUAAUUCAUUCACAUGAUGAACAUAAUGCUCUAAUAUUUGUAAAAAAUGUUGUGAAUGAGAUCAAUAGUUUGCAUCCAAAAUUGCGUUUUAAAAUUGAUUCAGCAAAAACAGUUGAAAUCUCUAAACUUCUUUGUCAAACAGCAGAACCAUUUAUUCAAUCAAAUCAUCAUUUUGCUUCAUUACCUCUUCAUGAUCGUUCGAUUAUCUUACGUGGUACUGUCUAUAAUAUUAGUUGUCUUGGUGCAUCUUUGACAGUCCGUGAAUCUGGACUUAUUGAAAGUUCAGCUUACCGUCAUGGUCUGGAGAUCACUUAUGGCACUAUUCCAUAUAAUCUAAGUUUAAAUAUGAUUUUAUCAUUGGAUCCAGAUUUUGAUCUCGUUAAAUUAUCAUUAUCAAUAUUUGCUUUUUGUACAAGUGGUUGUAUUCUAUAUGAUGAAAAUACGUCACCCAUACGUUUGACAGAUAUUCAAUUAUUCUUAAGUAUACAAAAUAUGUAUGCUGAAAUUGUAUGGAAAUAUUUACUUUAUAAAUAUUCAUUUGAACAAUCUGUCAUACGUUUUAGUCAUCUUGUUUAUAGUAUGAUUGCUGUAGUUACCAUUACAGCUCAUCUACAAACUGUUAAAAAUCAUACUGAUGUCAUUGACACACUCAUUGAAAAUAUUGAACACGGACAAAUGAAUACUAAUGAUAACUAA